AUGCAGGUUCGCGCUCUAAUUCUCGCUGUUCGCUAUUAUACACGGAAGAACGUGGAUGUUGUGGCAUUCUCUCUGGGGGUGCCAAUUGCUAGGAAAGCUAUGUUGGGAGGUGAGCUUUUCUUCUACUUUUUGUACAGCAAUCUAUUGUCAGUGCUCAACCUAGGGCAAUGCGUGGAUACAAAGGAGGAACUAGGUGGCCCACUCUCUCGUUAUGCGGACACAUUCUUAGGCUUGGCUGGCCCCAACCAUGGAAUGACUUUCAAUGUAAUUUUAUCGCUGGAUUAUCACUGCCUGCAUGCGCACUGGGCACACUUCCAAUAUGUGACCGAGUUGUGGGCCUAUACUCUGGAUAUCAACCACGAGCAUCAUUACGAAGGGCGAAGAGUAUACUCAAUCUACAGCCAUAUUGAUGAGAGAAUUGGUUACAAAGUUUGUGGCAAGGUCACUGCUUCUAUCAAUGGAGAAGAUGACCACAAGUCGUAUCGAAAUCUCAACCAUGACGAAAUAUUGGACACCACCCAUGAGCUGCAGAUAUCCAUGAUUCAAGGCCGCUUCGGGGACCAGAUAGACGACGCGACGGUGUUGCCGAACACUUCCAACCUCAUUGAACAGAUCCUUGGUCAAGACAACGCUACCAUUUUGAGUAGGGAGGGUCUCAGCGUGAGCGAUGUAGCCGUAGACAAUUCGGACAACAAUUUAUUAUGGAAGAUGGGCGAACAAGAGCGGAGCGAGUCACCUGAACAAAACAUUGACAAGAUCAGAAAAUACUUUCGAGAGAAAGGAGUUGAUUCGUCGCUGGAGCGUACCGAUUCGCCGAACACCCGAGACGACUCGUUUUUCUAUAGAAGAAGCAGUGUGAAGGAGGAUGCCAAUGAUACUUUAGGCAGAGGAGGAUAUCAUACAAGAAUAUCUUUCAGAAUUCAAUGA